AUGACAACUGCAGUCCUAAAGUUUUCAUGCCAGUUGUCAUCCUCAGCCAAAACUAGGACAAAGAAACCCCCUCCCCCUGGGCCGCGACCCCUACCCAUAUUUGGCAACCUUUUUCAUUUCAACAUCAAGAAUCCUCUGAAAGACUUUGAAAUGUUUGCUGAGCGCUAUGGAGACAUUUACAGCCUGUAUCUUGGGAGAAAACCAGCUGUUGUUCUUCAUGGUUUGAAGGCUAUAAAAGAAGCUCUCGUGACCAAAUCUGCAGACUUUUCAGGACGGCCACAAAAUGUGCUAUUUACCCAUAUGACUGAAGGAGGAAAAGUUGUAAUGGCUGAUUAUGGUCCUGCAUGGAAGGAGCAUCGUCGUUUUGCACUCAUGACCUUGAGGAACUUUGGCUUGGGGAAACAGUCUAUGGUGAACAGGAUUCUGGAGGAAAUUGAACACCUCGCUGCAAAGUUGGAAAAACAUUCUGGAAGGAUCUUGUGUCCUCAGACUUUGUUCCAUGAUGUAACAUCGAAUAUCAUCUACCUGGUUUUGCUUGGUAUUCGCUAUGAAUAUGGCGAUGAAACCCUUAAACAAUAUGUUGCGCUGUUUACUGAAAUUAAUAAGAUUGUUAAUGGACCUUGGUCCUUGAUCUAUGAUGCAUUUCCACUGGUGAGAUCCCUGCCUCUUCCAUUUAACAAAGCUUUUAAAAACACUUACUCACUGAAAAAAAUGACACUGACCUUGACUGACGAGCACAAGAAAACAAGAGUCCCAGGAAAGCCAAGAGACCUUGUCGACUGCUAUUUGGAUGAGCUAGACAUGAGGGGCAAUGGAUCCGCCUUUGAUGAAGGACAACUAAUAAUGUUUAUUAUAGUCUUGCAUUCAGCUGGGACCGAUACCACAUCCAACACCCUCCUUACUGCUUUCCUCUACCUCAUGGUUUUCCCAGACAUUCAGGAGAGAUGCCAGCAGGAGAUUGACGAGGUUCUACAAGGAAAAACUCAUGUGUCUUUUGAGGACAGACACAACAUGCCAUACACACAGGCUGUGAUCCAUGAGUCUCAGCGCAUUGCCAACACUGUCCCUCUGAGUAUUUUCCACUCUACCUCAAGAGAUACUGAACUGAUGGGCUACAACAUCCCAAAGGGAACUAUUAUCAUCCCCAACCUCUCCUCAGUGCUGAAUGAGGAAGGCCAGUGGAAGUUUCCUCAUGAGUUCAACCCAUCAAACUUCCUCAAUGAGCAAGGACAGUUUGAGAAGCCAGAGGCCUUCAUACCCUUUUCUACUUUAGGAUGUGCGUUUAUGUGUGCAGGGCCUCAUGUGUGUCUGGGUGAAGGUCUUGCUCGCGUGGAGCUUUUUCUCAUCUUGGUCUCCCUGCUGCGCCGCUUUCAGUUCAUUUGGCCUGAAGAUGCAGGAGAACCAGAUUUCACUCCUGUAUUUGGAUUAACACUUGCACCCCAACCAUACAAAAUGAGAGUCAGACUGAGACAGCCAGCUAGAGAAAUACAAAAUUAG